AUUAAACGCCGCCAUUUUAUUCACGAAGACAUGCAUAACGCACAAUGUGUCCAAACAUCUUCAACACAUUUGAGGACAUUGGGCGUAAACUGAUCAAUAGAGCACGACUUACAUAUUUUCAGUCAGUUUAGUUCAUCAUGGAUGGUGGAAUGAUGAUGAUGCGUAUGCCUGCCCCGGGGCCCCCGAUGUUCCGGCCCCGGAACUUUGUUCCCAGGAUGGAUCAGCCCAACCCACAGAUGUCUCAAGUGAAAUCCACCGACCAAAAGGGCCAGGCUACGGGGCUGAGUUUGCCCCAGAUCCGUCAACAGUUUUUAAAUCAGCAAAGUGCUAUGUUUGAUGGCAAGCGAAUGAGAAAGGCUGUCCAUCGGAAAACUGUGGAUUACAACUCUUCUGUGAUAAGAUAUUUACAUAACCGAGUGUGGCAAAGGGAUCGUAGAGAUGCUGUAUCCAUUCAGCCAGAUGCCCUCUAUCAAAUAGAUCUGGAGCCCCCAAUGGCAACUGUUGAAAACCCCAUCAAUUCUGUUACAACUAAGUUUGUGAGGACGUCGACCAACAAGUUCCGAUGUCCAAUCUUCUGUGUGACAUGGACACCAGAAGGUCGGCGUUUGGUCACUGGAGCUUCCAGUGGGGAGUUUACACUGUGGAAUGGCCUUGCAUUUAACUUUGAGACUAUUCUACAGGCGCACGACACAUCUGUCCGAGCCAUGAGAUGGAGUCACAAUGACAUGUGGAUGGUGACCGCUGACCACGCAGGCUUCAUCAAGUACUGGCAGUCCAAUAUGAACAACGUGAAGAUGUACCAGGGUCACAAGGAGGCAGUUCGAGGGAUCAGUUUUUGCCCAAGCGACAAUAAAUUUACAACAUGUGCAGAUGACGGAACUGUUCGUGUUUGGGACUUUAUGAGAGGUCAUGAAGAGAGAAUUCUACGAGGCCAUGGUGCGGACGUGAAGUCAGUGGACUGGCACCCACAGAAAGCUCUCAUUGCCUCCGGGAGCAAGGACAACCAGCAGCCAAUCAAACUCUGGGAUCCACGGUCCGGACAGAGUCUUGCCACCAUUCAUGCUCACAAGAACACUGUGAUGGAUCUGAAGUGGAACCGGAACGGCAACUGGCUGCUGUCCGCAUCCAGAGACCAUCUGCUCAAGCUGUUUGACAUUCGGAACAUGAAGGAGGAGAUCCACACAUUCAAGGGGCACAAGAAGGAGGCUACUGCUAUUGACUGGCAUCCCAUUCACGAAGGCCUGUUUGCCAGCGGAGGGUCUGACGGUGCUCUCAUGUUCUGGAUGGUGGGAUGUGACCGUGAAGUUGGCAGUAUGGAGGAGGCUCAUGAAGGAAUGGUGUGGAGCCUGGCUUGGCAUCCCCUGGGACACAUCCUGGCAUCUGGAUCUAAUGACCACAGCACGAAAUUUUGGACUCGAAAUCGUCCUGGAGACACAAUGAGAGACAAGUACAACCUCAACAACCUACCUACUGGCACAGAGCAGGAACUCCUGGAGUAUGAUCUGGAGCCCCAGUUGAUGCCCAGUUUGCCAGGAAUGGGCCUAGAGCAUGGUCUGCCACCACAUCUCAGACCUAAAGAAAAUGUGGAGGAGGAACUGCCAUCUAUACCUGGUCUAGACUGGUCAGCAGAUGAACCGUUCCUUCGGCAGUAUGAACGUGACUGUGCGCCCAAGAAAAAAGUGCCAUAUGCCAGACCAAUUCCUAAGUCUUUUGAGAAUGCAUGGAAAGGCAAUAAACAGUCAGGGGUUCUCGUUCCUGAGGAGCAAGAGGGCCUACCCGAAAAGCCCAGUUCACGGAAUGACCCACGGAGAAGGGACAGAAAAGAAAGGCAUGGUCGAAAUAGGAGCCCGGAUCGGGGGUCAAAUAGGCAUGGACGUGAUCAAGGGGGCCGAGAUCAUGAUCGGGAUCAAGGUCAAGAUCAAGGACAGAGGUCACACCAGUUUCAAGGUCAAAUGCAAAAAGGUCCUCAAGGUCAAAUGUUGCAAGGUCAUCACAACCAAAUGCAGGGGCAGAACACUAUGGGGCAGCCUCAGAAUUUUCAAGGUGGCCCAAAUCAACAAAUGCAACCCAAUCAGUUUCAAGGUGCAUCUCCAGGUUUCAUGCCAAAUCAAAUGCAGGGUCAAGGUCAGUUUAGACAGGGACCAGGAUUCCACCAAAUGCAAGGCAUGAUGGGAAUGCAAGGCCCUCCAGGCAUGAUGCAAGGUCAGGGAGGUCCAGGUCCAGGUCAAGGUCAGUUCAUGGGCCAACAGCAGAUGGGAGGUAUGCAGCAGCAGUUUGGAGGUCAAACUAUGCAGCAAGGAAUUAGAAUGCCACAGCAGCAACAGCAGCAGCAGAAGCAACAGCAGCAGCAACGGCAGCAGCAGCAGCAGCAGCAGCAGCGGCCUGACUCCCAGCAACAGAUGCGCGAUGGUCAGAGAGGUGGUCCGGGACAGCAGUUUGGGGGUCAGCAAAACAACGGGAAUGGAGACAUGGACCUGAGAGGUCAAUGGUCAGGUGGGCGUGGCCAAGGACAGAGGGGUGGGGCUGAUGAAGACUUUCGCCAACGUAGUAACCAGCAGCAGCAGCAGCAGCAGUUUGGUCAGGACAGAAGAGAAGGAUUUGGUGGUGAUCAGCGUCGUUUCGCUAGUGGUGGGGGUGGGAGUGGUGCUGGUGGGGGUGGGGGUGGUGCUGGUGCUGGGGCUGGGGUUUGGGCUGGGCCGGGGUCUGGGGGAGGAGGCGGGGGUGGUGGAAAGAAUUGGGAAGGAGAUAUGGACUUACGGCAGCAGAGACAGGAAGAGGGAAGGGGACAGUUCCAAGGCAGGCAGCAGAAUGUGGAUGUUGAUGAUCGGUAUGGACGGAGGGGUGGGGGGGAUGUAGAUGAGAGGCAUCAAGGAGGGAGGCAGGGUGGAAGGGGAGGGGGACGUAUUGGUGGGGGCAUGUAUGACAGUCAGCAAGGAGGGAGAGGGGGUGGGGACAGAAGUGGACAGGACAGGGGAGGGCAGGAUAGGGGAGGACAAGGGUUUUAUGACAGGCAGGAUCAGGAUAGUCCGAUGUCCCAGGGAAGGAAGAGGGGCUAUGACGAGGGCCCUGGAGGUACGUCUGGUCGGGGCGGGGGACAGGGAAUGGCACAGGGGGGGUAUGGUGGGAAUCAGGGGGACAGGGGCUCGAAGUUUGGCCGGACAGGAAAUGAAUCGAAUUGGCAGGAUCAAGGAAUGCAGGGAGGUGGUCAAGGAGGAGGGGGAGUGGGUGGGGGUGGUGGUGGGGGAAUGUACAACCGAGGGAUGGACCAACACCGAGGGGGGUUCAGGGGGAGUCCACAAGGUAGAGGCGGGAGUUUCAGGGGCCGGGACGGAGGGUUCAGGGGAGGUAGAGGAAGAUAA